AUGCGUCAAGGACCCAACGAAACACUGCGCAGUUUCAUGAUCAAGUUCAAUAAAGAACGGCUUCAGAUCCCCGAUCUACAUAUCACAGCUGCAAUCUCAGCUCUGACAUACGCCAUUAAGUGCGAAGCAUUCAAGAUGUCCUUGUCUAAGAUCCCGUCGAAGUCAAUCACCAAGCUACUCACACGGGCUGAGAAGUACAUCAAUAUGGAAGAAACCAUGGCCCCAAAAAGGGUAGUUACCUCAUCAAGGAGGUUGGAUCAGAAAAGGCCGCAUGAGUCCAGCUUGAGACAAGAGACACCUAGGGUCAAACCAAGGAAGGAUCCUCCUUCAACGUCUUUUACCCAUUUGAACACUUCAAGGUCCAACAUCCUGAUGGAAAUCAAGGACUCUGAGGAACCAAAACUGUCUAGCCUUAAAGCGGGAAAUCAAAGCUCCUAUAAAAAGGGGAUUUCUGAGCUCUUACACAAGCGCCCGAGGAAUAAUCAGAAUGGAGGCAAAGGCCCAGAAGAUCGGGGAAACAAACAACCAACCGCAGGCACUAUCAAUAUCAUUGUCGGAGGAACAGCCUCAGAAGGAGAUUCUAGCAGCGGGCGUAAACAAUAUGCCAGGCAGCCUCCAAUCAUCUCAAUAUCAUAUCUUGGCCAUACAGAGGACAUCACUUUUGGAACAGAUGACUUGGAAGGCAUAGCGUUCUCUCAUGAUGAUGCCCUUGUCAUAUCGGCCAUCACAUCCAACUUUGAAGUCAAGAUAAUUUUGGUAGAUAACAGAAGUGCAGCAAACUUACUGUCUUAUGAGGCCUUUAUUCAAAUGGGGAUCACAUCAGAGCAACUCAAGCCAGUCAAAACACACCUUCAAGGAUUUGGAGGUGGGGUCAUCACCCCGAAAGAUAUCGUCGGGUUACCCUUAACAUUGGGGGCCGAAGGUAAACAGGUGACGCAAAUCUCUACCUUUGAAGUUGUCCGUAUGCCAAUGGCUUACAACGCCAUAUUGGGAAGACCACUGCUCAAUAGAAUUCAAGCUAUUGUCUCAACUUUCCACCUGGCUAUGAAAUUUCCUACUUCUAAUGGAAUCGGGGUAGUCUGA